GGGACCUCUCGCACCCUAAGCGAGAAUCAUGCCACUAGACCAAACACCCACGUUUCGGAGGUGAAAGUAAUUAAUUUUAGCUAUUGUUUUAUAAAGAGACGACCUUCUCCAUUCUCAUGACAAGGUUACUUUUGGCGACAAUGGCGCCUGUCGACUCGUCCUUAGACGUGAAACGUUCAGAAGAGAUUAAGGAGGCAGCUAAUCGUGCGUUUCAAGAGCACAAGUUCCUGCACGCCGUGGACCUCUACACGGACGCCAUCCAGCUCAAUGAGUCCAACGCCAUCCUCUGGGCCAACCGUGCGUUCGCCCACACCAAGAUCGAGGAGUAUGGCAGCGCCGUGGAGGACGCAGCUAAGGCCAUCGAGCUCAACCCGUCGUAUGUCAAGGGUUACUAUCGGAGAGGUACAGCACACCUGGCAAUGGGCAAGUUUAAGGACGCCCUUAAAGAUUUCAAACAGGCAGCAAAGAUCGCCCCAAGAGACCCAGACGCGCGCAAGAAGCUGAGGGAGUGUGAGAAGGCGGUGAGGGAGGAGGCAUUUCAGAAUGCCAUAGCCAGCCCGGACAGUGGGCCCGUGGGGUUCAGGGACUUUGGUGUCGAUGUCAGCAGCAUAGACGUGGAGGCGACGUACGACGGUCCGCGCAUGGAGGGUGAGGAAGUGACGCUGCCCUUUGUUCAAAAGAUGAUGGAUGCUUUCAAGAACCAGAAGAAGCUGCACAGAAGAUACGCGUACCAGAUCCUCUUUCAGAUUCGGGAGCAGCUGCGGGCGCUGCCGUCACUUGUGGACGUUCAAGUGCCCGACGGGCAACACAUUACAGUCUGCGGAGACAUUCACGGGCAGUACUACGACCUGCUCAACAUCUUUGAGCUCAACGGCCUCCCUUCAGACACCAACCCGUACCUGUUCAACGGGGACUUUGUGGACCGGGGGAGCUUCUCAGUGGAGUGCAUCUUCACGCUCUUCGCCUUCAAGUGCCUCUACCCCACCGGCAUCUUCCUAGCCAGGGGCAACCACGAGUCGAGGAGCAUGAACCGCAUCUACGGCUUCGACGGCGAGGUCAAGGCCAAGUUCGGCGAGCCGGUGGUGGAGCUCUUUGCAGACGUCUUCUGCUGCCUGCCCCUGGCGCAUAUCAUCAGCAGCCGUGUCUUCGUGGUGCACGGGGGGCUCUUCAGCAAGGAUGGGGUCACUCUAGAGGACAUUCGGGGCAUCAAUAGGUUCCAAGAGCCGCCAGAUGAGGGGCUCAUGUGUGAGGUGCUGUGGAGCGACCCCUUCCCCGGCCAGGGACGCAUGCCCAGCAAGAGAGGCGUGGGAGUGGCGUUUGGCUCAGAUGUCACGAAGCGGUUUCUGCAGGACAACAAACUGGACCUGGUGGUGCGGUCGCACGAGGUGAAGGAGGAGGGGUAUGAGGAGGAGCACGAGGGGCAGCUGAUCACGGUGUUCUCAGCGCCCAACUACUGCGACCAGAUGGGCAACAAGGGCGCCUUCAUCCGCUUCCAGGCUCCCGACCUCAAGCCCAGCUUCACCACCUACACUGCUGUGCCCCACCCUAAUGUUCGACCCAUGGCGUAUGCAUCCAACUUCUCGUCGUUCUUCUAGUUUCGUUUGUUCACCCAAGCCAUUAUGCAAUUUGGUAAUCUGAGGCACACGAGUUUUCCAGUGGCAAUAACAAAAUUGUGGACCUGAUGUGCUGAGGUCUGCAUUUCAUUCUUUGCGAGGCGUCCACAUUGCAAGUGGUUGUCUACAAUCCCGUUUUGCCUCAAUUUUGUCCUUGCUUGAAGUUGGCUUAGAGGACUUGUGCCUGUUUGUAGUGUGCCUUUCACAUGUGACCUAGUUGCAUACAGAUCGUGUUCACAUCACAUUCAAGCGAACAGUCGUAUAGCGCAUUCGUUCGGCCUCUGGCGUCACUUUCACUCUUUCUCUGUAGGCCCACCACAACCACCUAGUAUUC